AUGGGUGGGAUAGGCAAGACAACUCUUGCCAAGAUCAUUCACAAUCAACUCUUGAACAAAUUUGUGCAUGUCAGCUUCCUUCCAGAUGUUCGAGAAACCACCAGGCGCCACGGUAUUACGUAUUUACAAAGUCAACUAAUAUCGGAUAUACUACAGAGCAAAAAUGAAGUGUCUAGAAUUGAUGAUGGAAUUAAUAUAAUCAAAUCUAGAUUCAGACAAAAAGAGGUUCUUAUUCUUUUGGAUGAUAUAGACGACAAGAAUCAACUAGAUGCAUUGGUUAGGAAACAUAAUUGGUUUAUGGCAGGAAGUUUGAUCAUUGUUACCACUAGAAACAAAGCUGUUCUUGAUCAAUCUGAAUUCGAGGUGGACUACAAGUAUGAAUUGAAUGGAUUGGAUAAGGUGCAUGCUUUGCUUUUGUUUAAUAGACAUGCAUUUCGUAUGGACCAUUCUCCGAAGGACUUUGAUGGUAUAUCUCGUGAUAUCAUAUUUACCAUCGGUGGACUUCCCUUGGCACUUGAAGUCGUAGGUUCAUACUUGUAUAAAAAAAAGGAUAGAGGAGUAUGGGAAGAAGUGCGGAAGCAAUUAAAAAAUCAACCACACAGAGAUGUCCAAAAAAUAUUGCAAAUAAGUUAUGAUGCAUUAGAUGAUGGAGAUAAGCAGAUUUUUCUGGAUAUUGCUUGUUUCCUAAUUGACCAAAGGAGCGAAUAUGCCAUCUACAUGUGGGAGGACUGUGGGCUUUAUCCAAAUCAAGGAAUUGAAGAGUUGAAAUUGAGGUGCUUAAUUAAAAUUGAUUAUAAUGGUUUCUUUAAGAUGCAUGGUCAAGUGAGAGAUCUAGGAAGGAGCAUUUUUCGCCAAAGACUUGAGAAAUCUAGCAUACCAGGGGACUAUGACUACGAGGGAUUCCCAAGAGCACUAAUAAAUCCAGAGGUGGCAAAGCGGCUGAAAGUUCUCGACCUUGCAUUUUGCAAUUAUUUAAGAUGUACUCCUGAUCUUUCGGCUUUCACAUUACUGGAGAUUCUCAUCUUGAAACACUGUGAUGGAAUGGAGCAACUCCACCCUUCCAUAGGCAGAGUCAAUAGCCUUGUUUCCUUGGACUUGAGUGAUUGUGGCAGUCUCAAGGAGAUUCCUACAUCAAUCAGUUCUCUGAGGAAGCUGGAGAAACUGAGUGCCAGGGGUUGUCGGUUAUUGAGAGAAAUCCCUAGCUCAAUUGGAGAUUUACAGAACUUGCGACAUUUGGACAUUAGUGAAUCUGCCAUUGAAAAGCUACCCAAUACUAUUGGAAGGUUGAUGAAUCUGCAGACACUAAGUCUUGAAUCCUGCCAGAGUCUGAAAGGUGAAAUUCCAAGUGAAAUAGAAAUUCAGGGCCAUGAUUUUCUGAAUAUCUUGGAGGAGAUAGUUAUAGAUUGCUGCAAAUCUAUUGAAAGGCUGAUCCUUCCAGAAUUACGGUGUUUGAAGCAAUUAAAGGCUAACUAUUGCCACAAUCUAGUUGAAAUUCGAGGUCUUGACAGGGCGAAGUCCUUAGAGGUGUUGGAUAUCUCUGACUGUGGUUCCAUUGAAAGAUUACCAGACCUACCUUGCUUCUUGACCCUGAAAGAGUUGAACAUCAACGACUGUCACAAUCUACGUAGUGUUGAGAGCCUUGAGAGAUUCUUGUCUUGCCGAAGCAUAUACAUAACUGGGUGCAAAUCCCUAGAGAAACUACCAAACUUGUCGAAAUUUGAAAAGUUAGAGAAUUUCACAAUGAGGUAUUCACUUGGUGUUACCAAAAUUCCUGGGGUUGAGAAAUCAAGGUCUCUAACACAUAUAGAUAUCACAGGAUGCGAAUCAAUGGAGACUUUGCCAGAUUUGUCGAGAUGUGAGAAGUUACAAUCUCUUUUGAUUAGCAAGAUGCCUCUUUCACCAGUCGUGCGUGGUACCUACUAUGACAUACCUACUGAUGUUGAUGUGGAGUGCAUGGAGCACAUCUGUGUCGGUGCCCCUGGUUUAAUGUUUGUCCAAGUCUGUGUCUUGGUGAUGUACGAUGUGGGUCUUGCUAAUGGCCCGGUUAUCUAG